GUCAGGGCGCAGUCAGUAGCAGCUCUGUCCUUUUGGUUGAAGUAGAGGAAUUGGACAUUUCUUUUGAUCUGGCGAAUUGUGUGCGUUAAUAUAGACGGAAAACACGACGUCAUGCUAGUACGAACCGUCUUCAGAUUUUCACAUCAGCUCAAAGUGCAUGGGUCAAGAUUCACUGAGGACCUUAGUUCAUUCUCCCCUAAUUUGUCAAGUUGCACCUCCGUCUGCCUGUCUUGUACACGAGAUCCUAGUUCAUCGACGAAUAUGCCUGAUUAUUUUGGAUCAUUCCAGUGAAGCGAUGAUGAACAGGAAAGCAAAGCAACAAGUGUAUCCCAAUGAGGCUGUAAUCAUCAGUCCUUUGGACAGACUGCACACAAUCGAGAAGAGGGAACAUGACAAGAGAAAGGUCAUCUUCCAGCGGGCCUCCGGAACCAUACUGCCACAUGACACGAGAGGCCAGAGUUUUGCUAAAAACCUCAGGAAGGACCCAUUUAACUGAUGAAAUCUGUCCAGAAAAUGCAGAUAACGAACAACAACGGUUGUCCCACGCCGGAAUUACUCGCAACAAAGUCGUAAUGCAUUCGAACGUGUAAAACAGUAAAAACUUCAUCAUCCCAGGCGCAUUGGGACAGCGACCGCCAAGGACUAACUUACACUGUGCUGCCCCAUAGAAGUGGGAUACAUAACGAGGUACAGAGGACGUAAAAAAACAAAGAGGAUUGUGCAGAGGAUAGAUUUGCUUAUUUGGCUAAACUCUAUUAAAGUUUUAGAUCCUCAAUCAAGCUGGAGUUGUAACUCGAAGAAUCAACUCUUAAGUCUGUUUUACCAAUCGCAUCUUUCCUUGGAUGGCAGAAUUCAAGCAAAACCCCACAAAGAAGAUUCCCAGCGCUUUGUCUGUUGAUGAGUGCAGAAGCCACAAGAAGAUCCCGCUGGGAUUCAUGCCUCCAAAAGAUCACGUACUGCUUGCCCACUGCCCAGUAGAGCUUGAGGAGUUCCACUUCAACCGUUUGAGCAGACGGGGACGUGUGGCAAUUAUCAGUUUGCUCAAACUUAAUAUGAGGCAGAUAACGUUCUGGUUUCAGAACCGGAGGAUGAAGCAUAUAAGAAGACUGCAGGUCAAAAAGGAUGCCUCUUUUGCUGGACAAUCUCCAACCAAAAGCCAACCAUCGCCUCUGCAAAUAGACAGAUUCUUUCAAACUAGUGACCGAACCUUUGCAGUCCUGCAGACUUCAGAGGAACUGCUCUGACCAGGUUUAUCAAACACCCUUCCUGCUCUUUUGUACCGAAUCUUGCACCAGUUGAAUUUCCUCGAUUUGUGAAACGAUAUCGCUUCUCUUGAGUAUCCUGAAUAUGAGUGGAAGAUUUAUGUGUGGCAUCCACAUGUGCAAAGUCCACCCUGACAUGUUAUUCCUCGAAGUAUGGCUAUUCAGCCUUACUAGCAUUCUCUGUCUUCUGGACAACCGCGUCUGUCCAGAAACAUCCAAUCGGCGAGGCAUUCGAGCUUUCCUGAGUUAGCAACCGCAACAACGACCUUUCAGCACUUGUCAUUAAAAUAAAGCUCCUUUUUUGCAAAUUAUUUAAUGCCAGAUUCAUGUAAUAGGCUAUUUACAAAAUUAACGUUAAUGGCAAAUAAUUGUAAAUUAUUGGGAUCAUUAAAUACAUUUUAAAUGACCAUGCGCAAAAAUUUAGGCUAAUUAAUUUGCGGUUUUAGUGCGUGAGAUUUGUCUUCUUUUUUAAUGGCUUCUAAUUCAAGGUGUUUCUCGUGAUGUUUGGGCAAAUUAAUUUAAUCAGCAAUUUAAAGGUCUUUGCUGAAAAUACCUUUGUCCCAACGGAAUGAAUAAUGCUUCCCUUAUGUUACAUGCAUGCAGUAACCUAAUAAUAAAAAUUGACGAAAACUUCACUUUGACGUUUUUAUGUUUGAACUAUAAACUGUCGAUUUACACCAAAAUCUAACUUCAGUGGCGGUUCUGGCUUACUUGGUGCCCUAGUCGUGAUCCGACGUGGCGGCCCCCUUAACUUCCCAACCCAAAAGAAAGAAAGCCAUGUUUCUGGAAUGGCAUGAGGGUGAGUAAAUGAUGAGAGAAUUAUAUACGUGUAUGUGUGUGUGUGUGUGUGUGUGUGUGUGUGUAUAUAUAUAUAUAUAUAUAUAUAUGGCAAAUUAUAUUAACAUGUACAUUAUAUAUACAGAACUUAAAUUGCACAAUUAAAUUAUAAUCAAUAAAUAAAGAAAAUGUCAGAUAACUUACAGAUUGCUGCUUGUGCUAUUACACAUAAUUCCUAAUUUCAAAUUUAACGCUACCCUCCUAGUUUUCACUGAUGCAAAAUCAUCAAUGACUUUGUCAAAUCUGCCCAGCAAUCACAAGGUUGAUUCUUAUUUUCUCAAGACCACUGAGCUGAUCCUGUGUCACUGUGUACCUAUAAUGUUGAUUCUGGUUAUCUUAUGCUUGUUCAGAAUGUAAGAAUGCAUUAUAAACAUCUACAAUCCUAACCAUUUAAAGAUUUUUAGGCUGAGUAGCCUGUCAGGAACAAUUCGGGGCACCUUUCCGAUCACGCUCUACGGGCUUACACCGCGAUCUUACGAGUUCUGUGGGAGGUGGCGUGAUUUGGGGCACCUCUCUCCCAUGGCGAUAUUGCUAGCUGGGGGUGGGGGCGGGGUGGCACGAUUUGGGGCACCUUUCUCGGGAUGGGAGAAAGGUGCCCCAAAUCGGUGGCAAAAAAAAAAAAAAUCAUGAUUUCUACAAGCUAUCAAAUUUAAAAUAAAAGCCAUAUUUAAGGGGAAAAAAUGAAUUAUGUGGGCCCUAAUGUGUUGGAAAAUAUAAAUUAAAAGAUGUUUAGAGGUAUCUUUAUAUGCUUGCCCUUUAUAGGGUUACAUUAAAUAGAAAGAGAGAGAGAGAGAGAGAAACAGAGAGAGAGGGAGAUAUAAAGCCAAAUAAAUCUCGGUGGGCCACUGCUGCAUAUGGAGGGAGGGGGUUAGUUAUUUCAGUUAAAUUAGGGAUUACGCUGCUCCGAGAAAAAACAAAACAAAACAAAACAAAACAAAACAAAACAAAACAAGAAACUACCUCAGAAAAAAAAAGAAAAAAAAAAAGAAAAGAAAAGAGUUGUUUUAAGGUUUAAAAUCUUUAUCUUAGCAGUGUGCAUUGCAGCUAUAAAUACUGUUUUGGAGUCCUAAUUCCCCCCCAGUUUACAGUAGCCUACGUUGUUGCUUACAUUUAUGCCUCCAGUCACCGUCACGAACACAGUGUAAAUUCGUUUUUAUCAUUGCUCUUGUCGCUUUAAUCCACAUUAGGCCCACCGUGCGAUUUACACAUUGCGAGUUUAUCAGACUGAUGGGUGGAUUCGAUUGAUGUGCUUGUCAUGUAAAUGUGAAUCGUUUGAUGGACACCUGCAACGCCCAGAGUGCUACUGCAGGUCGCACAUUAUUGGUGCAAAAUUAGUCACAUGAUCUGUCACUUCACUGAUAUGAGCUGAUAGAACUUUGUGUGGUUUGACAUACUGCUUAGAGGUUGUAGGGUCACUGAGACCACACAUCAGCGCAUAUUGACCUGGCUUAAUCAAUUUUGCUUGGCCAGUCAACAAUGAAUUCCUACUUAGAUUAUACGAUUUAUAACCGUGGUGCUAACACGUACAGUACGAAGGUUGGGUGUUUUCCAAUGGAGCAAGAAUACUUGUCAAGUGUUUGUGCAAAUACAAAUAGUAACACUCCAGAGGGACGGCCAGUCGGAGAGAGCACUUUUACACCGGCCCCGCACGAAACUCAUGGCGCAAUUUAUGCGCAACUUCAGUCGCAGCCAUACCACAUCAACAUGGACAUGGGGAAAACUGGACACAGCCAUUUUUGCAAGCAAACCCGACCUCACUCGGAUUAUGGACAUCAACACGUUCUCACUCAAGCAGAUGACCACAUGCAUCUUCAGUCCCCUGCUUUUUCUGUCGUUAACAUGGGAUCAAACAUGGGAACAUACAAUGAAUCUAACUGCAGGCCAGGAUCGGUCUCUGCAAGCCAUUAUCAGUCCUAUACCUAUGGAGAACACGACGCUCAGGGUUAUGGCUCAUUCAACAAGUACCAAGUCACUGCUGACAGUGACAGCGACUCCAAGACGAACAUUAAACAAGCGCCAACGUUUGACUGGAUGAAAGUCAAGAGGAACCCCCCUAAAACAGUGAAGGUCUCUGAAUAUGGGAUGCACGGCCAGCAGAAUAUCAUUCGCACCAAUUUUACCACCAAGCAGCUCACCGAACUUGAGAAGGAGUUCCACUUCAACAAGUACCUCACCAGGACGCGCAGAGUGGAGGUGGCCGCCACCCUCGAACUAAACGAAACGCAGGUUAAAAUUUGGUUUCAAAAUCGCAGAAUGAAGCAGAAGAAGCGCGAGAAGGAAGGAACAUCCCAGGUCAUUAAACGAGCGACUCUUUGCUCUACUGGUCAAAGCGCAGACAACUCAAACUCUUCAUCCCCGGGAGCUUCGCCUACCUCAGACUCUUUCGCUGCUAUUUGAGAUUUGUGUGCCUAUAUGUGGCAAACGAGCUGUAUAGGCUACUGUUAUAGGAUGUUUCAUAAUCGGGCUGUGGAGAACUAUUUAACUUAUUUUGAUGUCGUAGACAAAGCAUUAAAUAAAAGCAAGCCUAAUCAAUUUAACUGCAUCAGAGCCACAUAAAUCAUGGUUCAAAUGCUUAACAUGCAAAACAGGGUGUAGGCUUAUUAGUCAAAAGCAAUAUUUUUUUUAUUUUAUUUUUUUGUCCUGGUCAUCAUGGUGAUGUCUUAUUUUGCACUACAGAUUCAUGCCUCUGUUGAAAGAGAGUACAAAAAAGAAUGUAGAAAUGGUUGACACAAGUAUGUAUUUGGAAACCAUCAGGCUUAUGAAGUUCUGAUAAAUAAAUAUUUUAUUUUUCCGAAAUACGUUUGUGGAUUCAGUCUGACGAAAACACUUUAGAUUAAGGAACGUCAAUUUAUUGAUUCUCUUUUAAUCAAAAGGCCCUUCACGAUGUUUGUGGGACUGUGUCCUUUGUCAUAGGAUGUCGAAAUACAAUGGAGCUAAUUUAAAUCAGUGUUGCUCUAGUCUGUAUAGUUUGACAAGAGGAAUGUUGCAUUACACACCAGGUGGCUUCCUAUGACCUUUU